ACCAAAACGCUCGGCAUUUAGAAAUGAGAAUCACGGGUCAUUCGUAUAUGGUCUUAAAAACGGAGGUCCCGUGUCGCGACAGGCGCUGGCACGCUAAAGAACACUCACUGCUACGACCCUGAGCGCUAAGUAUAGGUCUAAAGUUGUGAUACUUCACGUACAGCUGGUGACAUCUCAAAAGGAGUGAAAAAUUAUCGACGGGACGUAAACAAACCAAACAAACAACAGUUACAUUCGCAGUAGAAUUCAAAUUCCUUGUUCAUCACUACGAUACAUAAAUGAUGGAUUGCCGUCGUGCAUGAUCAAAUUGCACUUUUUUCAAUUAACCUUAAUGUACGGACGAAACCUUUCUACGUAAUAGAAAUACUAGCUCUGUUGAGGUGUGACGCCAUUUAUAACAAUGAUGAAGACGGACGAUUUCUGGAUGAGUAAAAAUUUGGUCGUCUGCUUCUACACUGGUACUAGACAUGUCGGGAAAAUCGUGCACAGGAUUUUUUAUUGUUAUCUGUCUUGGAUUAACCCUCAGUCACGUGACUUCUCAGAUUAUCGAAGGACCCCGUUCGCGUGGUAUCAUUAUAGGCGGACCCUCCAGGCGCGGGGAUAUAUCGCGAGACAGGCCCCGUAGAAUCCCGACCUGGAUUACAGAGAACCAACCCGAAUCCACAGUCAGAACAAAUAUUAUAGGUACCCCACGUCCACGAGAUUUAGGGAAAACUCUUGUCCAUUUUGGAGAAAGACUGAGAAAGACAACGGAACAACGCAAACCAACUCUCACAGGCGAUACUUCAGUUGGAAGGACGAAUCAGGUCAGAGGGCAAAAUAAUGAAUUUAGGACGGGAUUCCCAGAAAAGAUUUGGAACAGAAACGGUGCAAAGGGUGGUAAAUUACCAACAAACGACGCAAAUUCAGCGGGAGAGAGGGGUGAAGUGCAGAGUUCCGGCAUGAGAACCCCGAACCCGAGGUUUGUCGUCCAGUCCAACAGAGACCGUAUUCGUCAGUUACAGGCUGAGAAAAGACGAAUCAAGAUGGAGAAUGCACGCACUAAAUACCAGAAUAACGCUUAUCUAAACACACGAGGUUUAAUUUCUGGAAAACGUCUUCCGACAGAAUCACGAUUCGUGUCAAAUGACUUAAGCUUGUCCAAUCAGAACCAGCGAUUGACGUCACCGGUCUUUCGGACAUCAAACCAGAACAGAUUGUCUGCAUUUGCCAGGCGUAAUUCUCUACGACGAGUAUCACUCACCGGAAGUUCAUUCCCUGAGCAGCAAGAUGCCCGCCCCCGAAUGUUAACAGAUCGUCAGACCGCCCGCGACCAGUUAAAACAGGUUUCCGUGUCCAGAUCGAAAGGGGCGAACAGUUACCUGAAAAGACUCUUAUACAAGAUAUUAAGGAGAAUAAAGAAGAAUUAGAUGAUCUGCAUGUCAUACAUAUGUAAUUCUUUUUUAAGAAUUAUUAUCACUGGAUAUUGUCUUAUAAAGUAAUGUAUCAAAACAUUGCACGAUUAUACAUAACAAUUACUUUAGUUUAUACUCAAAUCAGUGCACGCAAAGAAUGAAAACUAAAUUGAAUAAAUACUGAUAUAUCA